AUGAAAUGGUGUUUGAUUAUUGACUCUCCCCUUGAUUUCCAUGGGGAUUGCACUGUAGCGCGCAAUUGCGAAGAUUCACUCACUCUUAUGUCUCCUGCUUUAGAAAUCAAAUCUUUGCACAUAAAUUUUAAACAACAACUGAAAAGUCCGAAGGUUUUCUUCACUCCAGACCAAAAUAAAUCUCAAGGGAGUCCCUUUUUUCAAGAGAGUCCUGUUGAUGCUAGUGAACUUUUUACAGACUUGAAGGAAAAGUGGGAUGCAGUUGAAAACAAGUCCACAGUAAUUCUUUAUGGAGGCGGGGCAAUUGUUGCCGUUUGGCUAUCCUCAACGAUUGUUGGUGCCAUCAAUUCAAUCCCAUUGCUUCCUAAGAUCAUGGAGCUAGUUGGGCUUGGUUAUACUGGAUGGUUUGUAUACAGAUAUCUUCUAUUCAAGUCUAGCAGAAAAGAACUGGCCACGGAUAUUGAAGCAUUGAAGAAGAAGAUUGCUGGAACUGAAUAGAUAUCACAUAUGAUCUGGUAGCAAUUUAUAUUUGUUUCCGAUCAUAGUUUAUUUUGGCCCUGCAUAAGAGGCAUUUGUAUCCUGUAAUGUAGAGUAGGCUCUGAAUGGAUAUCUUUCAUGGUUGUAUGUCUCAAUUUGUUCAUGGAAUAAAAUGUGACAAUUGGAUGUGUA